GCGGGGUCUGGGCGCGCAGUCUCCGGUUGCUGUCACUCUCGCCGCUGUCCGUGGUGCUGAGCGGCCGCCGCUGAUCUCCGGGUGUCGGUUUCGGGGUCACUAUGUCCCCCGUGGUAUAGGGCGGCUCCGGGGUGGGGGCCCCUCGUACACCAGGAUGCGGCUGUCUGCGGGGACAGUGUUCUCCCUCCUGCUCCUCACCUGCUGCUGCCAUCACAGGGGCCUGGGGGCCCGGAGCCACGGCUGUCUCUUUGACCUGCACCUUUGUUCCAAGGAGGAGGUCUGUGUACAAGAUGGUUUAUUCGGUCAGUGCCGCGAGCGGUCUGAGAGGGACGUGGGCCAUUUCCAGGUGACACCGGGUACGCUGCAGCAGCUGCAGGCGGUGCUACGAAGACUGACGGCAAAAGGGCUGUCAUGGAAGGAUGAUGUGACGCAACGCGUGAUGGCUCAUGAGAUGGGACGAAUCCCACAGCACAAGUCCAAGGAGCCGCUCGACCUCCUGGAUGAGGACAGGUCUUCUUUGCCCCUUUCACCUGGGCGGUCAAUCCAGCGGCUUACGGGGGCCGGUCCAGGACCUCUGCAGAGAUGGAGCAACCAGGCCGAUACCCUGCAGUACUACAGACCUCGGGUCUCCUCAUCAGAUCCUUCACCUCUGACACAAAGGCUUCCGGGAAACUUCAAGCAGAACUUAUCUCCUCUGUUGGAUCACUACCUGACAUACUUACUGCUGGGUUUACAGUCGGCCAAUUCUCAGCCAAGCUAUCAGGACCUGAGUCGUGUGAGGAACCAACCUCAACACGUCUUCGCUGCUACCCACACCUGGCCGGAUGGAAGCCGGAGACUUAUCUAUGGGAGGUACGAGGGAGGACGGGACACCCCACUACAGGUGCCCAGUGAUAUCCAUCAUUCUUGGUCAGAAUUACGGAGAAAGCUUCCCCGAGAUAGCCUGGACUCCGAACUAGCAGAUGACGUAUCAGAAAGUUCUGAGAGGAUCGAGAGGUUAAGCCAGAUUAACCGCACGCCGGACACCGACCAGAUUCGUAAGACGGAAAAUCUCGAGGAAGGAGGACGGACAAUCAGAGGUUCCUUUGGGAUUCAGAACGCAGUGGAGGCUCCAUCACCGCCGGAGAUGGCCGGCUUCUUAGAUGCGCAGAGCUUGGCCGGCGUGCUGGAGAAAUACGGAGUCGACUUAAAGCUGCUCAGUGUAUCGCAGCUGGACCAACUAUCCUUCCUUCUCCAAAUGCUGAAUGAUGCCCCCCAGUACCAAGGAACAAGAAAUGGAGACAGGAGCCUGCCGAAACAAAUCUCAGAAGGAGACAUGCAGCAUUCCUCUGGGGCUCAGCCGCCAUUCCCAGCUCCGGACAUUGUCCCUAAGGACGUCUCUCCAGCCUCUGUGGCACUUAACGCUGAUCAUCAGGACCUCAUGAGCGCCACCCCCGCCUCUAUCACCACCCACCUGGCACCAGACGCACAGACAAUGGGAGAGCAACAAGCUCGACUGCUGGCCGCCAUCCACGAAGGGUCACAGAGGAAAAGUUCUCAGGACGCUGGGGGGAAGCCUGAUGAUUCUGAGCAGAAAAGCCAAGAAGCUACAGAAGACUAUGGAUACAUCCUCACCGAUCAGAAGCCUCUGAGCCUGUAUAAUGGGUUACAUCUCUUGGAUUUCCUGGCCCGAAGCGUCCACUUGUCCAUUUCCAGCUUCAUCAACGUCAGUAUGGCUCGGUCCGCUGUGACAUUCCGCAUCCGAAAAAAUCGCCAAAAUCUGACGCUAACAAACAUUAUUGACCGUGCAAUGGCUGUGAAGUCAGGAAUGCAAACUGCGACGGGGGUAAAAAUAGUCCAGACGGGCAUCGGACAGAGGAGCAAUGCCACCACCACCACGUUCCCCCACGCCUCUCACUUUGGCGAUACAUUCCGGUUUGUUCUCCUCAUCUUCAUCGCGCUGGCCUGCAUAGCCGGAAUCGUCAUCGCCUCAGCUGUCAUCUUCUGUCUACGACAACAUGCCAAACAGCGGGAAAAAGAGCGACUCGCAGGGCUUGGGCCCGAAGGGGCUGGAGACUCCACUUUUGAAUAUCAGGAUCUUUGCAGGCAGCACAUGGCUGGAAAAUCUCUCUUCAGUCGCACCGAGGGAUCUGGAGCAGCGGCAGAAAACUCCCGGGUCAGCAGCGUGUCUUCCCAAUUCAGCGAUGUCCCCCAACCCAGCCCUAGCUCCCACAGCAGUACUCCAUCCUGGUGCGAGGAACCCGUGCAGUCCAACAUGGACAUUUCCACCGGUCACAUGAUCCUGGCCUACAUGGAAGAUCAUCUGAGAAAUAGAGACCGCCUGGCCAAGGAGUGGCAGGCCCUGUGCGCAUAUCAGGCUGAGCCCAACGCGUGCUCUAUCGCUAAGAAUGAUACGAACCUGAAGAAGAAUAGGAACGUAGAUUUUGUACCCUAUGACCACGCUCGUAUAAAGCUGAGGAGCGAUAACAACACGUCCCGCAGCGAUUACAUCAACGCCAGCCCCAUCAUUGAACACGACCCUCGUAUGCCGGCUUACAUCGCCACCCAGGGGCCCCUCUCUCACACCAUUGCUGACUUCUGGCAGAUGGUUUGGGAAAAUGGCUGCACAGUGAUCGUCAUGUUGAGCCCCCUAGUGGAGGAUGGAGUAAAGCAGUGUGACCGCUACUGGCCUGAUGAAGGUUCCUCUCUCUACCACAUCUACGAGGUUAAUCUUGUGUCUGAACAUAUCUGGUGUGAAGAUUUCUUGGUUCGAAGUUUUUACCUGAAGAACGUCCAAACUCAAGAGACCCGAACUCUCACACAGUUUCACUUCCUGAGCUGGCCAGCAGAGGGCAUCCCCAGCAGCACUCGACCCUUGCUGGACUUCCGCAGGAAGGUUAACAAGUCUUUCCGAGGACGAUCCUGCCCCAUAAUUGUACACUGCAGUGAUGGAGCUGGGAGGACUGGAACCUACAUCCUCGUAGACAUGGUCCUGAACCGCAUGGCUAAAGGAGUUAAGGAGAUCGACAUUGCUGCCUCACUAGAACAUGUCCGGGACCAGAGGCCAGGGAUGGUGCGAACCAAGGAUCAAUUUGAAUUCGCCCUGACAGCGGUGGCAGAGGAAGUGAACGCGAUUCUUAAGGCUCUCCCACAAUGAGACGGCGGCGAGCGAGCUCCUCCUCUGUGUUGUGACCUGGACCUGCCUUAUGGACAUGGCAGCUUGAAUUGUCCUCAAAUACCCAUUCGGUGUUCCCUCUGCUCAUCAUGCCAGGGAGCCAAGGCUGCCCUUCCAUGCCCCUACUGCCUUUCCGAGCUUUUGACCCCAGUACUGCCUGAUUUCUAGCCCACAAUUUGCUACCUCGUCCCCCAUGCUUCACUCCUGAGCUGCUAGUACCUCAUUAUUAUGUAGUCAGGUCUGUUUAUGUUUCCCAGCAGCAAACUGGUUCUUAGUCUCCUAAGUUCUCUGGGGUGAAAUCCUUAAAGGGGUACUCCUGUGGAAAACAUUUUAUUAUUAUUUAUUUUUUUAAUCAACUGAUGCCAGAAAGUUAAACAGA